AUGGCAAGGAAAAAUGAUAUUGGGAGAAUUGAAAAUUUUUGGAACAACAUGAGGAAUCAGAAAAAGUUUAGCAUGAUGAAGGUUUAUAAUCUCUUGAUUAAGGACAAAAAUAGGGUUGAUUGGUACCAUAUGAUGGCUCAUAACUUUGCAAGUCCUAGAGCUAAAGUGGUCCUUUGGCUUGUAUGCCAAAAUAGAUUGCUAACCAAAGUUAGAAUGAAGAAUAUGGGAAUGUUGCAGAAUACCAUUUGUGAAAUGUGUAAAGAGGAAGAUGAAGAUCUUGAUCAUUUAAUGUUCAAGUGUAAGGGUACUUCCACCAUAUGGCAAGAGAUCUUGAAGUGGCUGGAUGUGAAGAUUGAUAACAAUAUUGACAUGGCUUGGAUUAAAAGGAAUUAUAAAGGGAAAGGUUGGCAGAAUGCAUUAUUAAAAGCUGCUGUAACAGAAGUCUUUUAUGAAAUUUGGAUGUAUAGAAAAUCUAAAAUUUUUGGUAAUAAGAGGUUUUAUAGAGAUAUACAAGGUGUCAUUAGGAAUACAAUAGAUUCUAUAGUCUAUAAAGGGUGGAUGAAACCCAAGUAUAGAAACCAUAUUGUUAAUAUUCUCAUGUAA